AAACAUGCGCGCAGAUGCCACCAACAUCGAUGGAGUGCGCACGAGGACCGACAUGUCCGCCGAGUCCGUUUUGGCUGACGUUAGUCCAUGACCGAGAGAUGAUGAAUUGCCCAGCUUAGAUGGAAGACAUUCCCGGCACUUUCCAAAUGGCGCCAAAACCGCUUACAAGCUUUCAUCACCAUGUGGUAACUGGAAAGGAACGAAAAUAUAAACAAAAUGUAAAAGAAAAUAGACGUUAUGAAUUCCAGCCGAUUGGACAAACGUCAGAUCGCAGAGUCCCGAAAAUUUAUUUUCUCUUUCGACAAACAUUUGCCAGCUUUAUUUUAAAUGAAUGCGUCAAAAAAAAGAAGAAAGACUUGGGAAUUCUUGGCGAAAUGGUCAAAAGCUCUAAAUCAAUCAGCUUCCUUCCCUCCAAAAAGUUGAGUUGAAUUCGAGGAAACGGGCUUUGCUGGCUAUUUCUAUCUCGAAAUGUAUAUCGUGAAAGCUUUCGUCCCACUCGUCUUGGUAAUCUGCCACGCCUCAGCGAUUAUACGACCGUUUUUUUAGCUGCCAAUUUUUGUUUUCUGCUUUUACCCGUAGAAUGAGAGCGUCCAAGCGACGCCAUGCUGAACCUUAUUUGGGUAAUAUCAUAUGCAUUUUUUUUUUCCUUUUAUUUUGUUUAAAGAAAAUUUGUGAAUAAAUAAUGCUGCCGAUGAGAACAGCAGCUGUCGCCGACAGUCAAGAAGGUUGUAAUCUAUGGACAGAAUGCAUUCGUUGCAUGGCCAUCGUAUAAAAUCUGUUUGUCCUCUUAACCCUGCGACUGAUUUAGUUGCUGACCCGACAUCCUGUUUUGAAUAAGCCAAAAUGUUAUUACAAGAAAUUCACAUUUUUCACUAUCGAAUUACGAAUUUUGGUUUCAAUACUUAAUCACCAGAUGUCAUUGCUGAUCAAAGGUUUUUUUUUACAGUGUUAUUUAUCGCCAAAAUAAAACUUGAAGGGCAAUUUAUGUAUUGUUGGACCAUUGACUUAAAAAGGAAUUUUAAAAAAGGAGACCCCAUGUCACAUGUUACUUUACUUUUAAUGUAUUCUAAAGUAAUAUUGACCUCUAUGUAUUUGGUCAGGUGUAACUAGUUAUCUGAGUUUAGAAAAAACAAGGCAACAGGUGACAAUAAGACUUGAAAAAUGCUACGGUUUCCUCUACCACCUGUACCAUCAGAUGGUUCGCUACCAAUUGAAAGAUUGAAUCCAGGGAUUCAUCAGCAGCUGUGCUCAUGGUUGGAUCGGGAAGGACGUUCCUGGGAACUGCUGGAUUUCGCCAUGGCAAAAGUGAAUCCAGGUGGUUAUAUUACCCAUCAACGAGACUGUACCAGUGCUCAGCUAUUUUCUAAAUUCAGCAGAUUGAAGUGUACUAUUGAAAUCCUCACCUAUUUUCUGGAGAGUUGUCACAUGUAUGAACCACUUUACCUGUUCAAAGAUCGAGUCCCAGUUGAGAUAGUUAAUCAGUUACCACAGGAAAGUUUGGUGAAAAUAAACACUAUGGUUAAACUUGGUUGUGAAGUCUCUGGAUUUCCCAGACCGACAUUCCAAUGGUUCUUCAAUGAUACUCCAAUGUCAUCAGAUGGUGCAACGCUAAACCUAUUAGUAAUCCCCAAUUUCAGCUAUUCCGAUGUCGGAUUCUACAAAUGUGAAAUUACCCAACGGUGCAGAGAUGGCUCUUUUCAAACAGUAUCUACCAUUCCGUCGAGGGUGAGUUUGGAAAACUGUGCGCCGUUUGUCGUGUCGGAGCCUCAGGAUUGCUGGAUAGAAGCAGGGGAAUGCCUCGAACUUAGAUGCAGAAUCGAAGGAAAUCCAAUUCCUGAUUUUCAAUGGUACAAGGACGAUUUUCCCCUUUAUGAGGAAGUUUCAUGUACUUUACAGAUAAGUUCCACAAUGCUCCAUCAUUCCGGAGUAUAUAGGUGCUUGGCGAGAAAUUCGGAAGGCAAAACGCUAACAAGGGAAGCACGUGUCGAAAUUAAACCAUCCCAAACAUCCCUGUACCAUCCAGGAGCAUUUACGGAUUAUUCUCCACGACAUAGUGCAUCAAUGAAACAAGCGCUACUCAUUGGUAACUGGACAUACGAUAGUCAUGGCCUUAGGAAAGUAAGGGCUGACGUGAAAACUUUACACGACAUUUUAUACAAAAUGGAUUUUGAGGUUAUCUCGCUGUGUAAUCUCGGCAAGGUUGAAAUUCUUAAUGCUGCCGACCGUCUGUGCGAACUACUUUUACCCGGUGCUUAUGUUGUCGUGUAUUUCGCCGGUCACGGAAUCCAUUACUUUUUCGAUUAUCUGAUGCCAGUUGACGUAAAAAUGGAUUUCGACUAUUCCGUAAAAGAUUUGGUUGACGGGAACGAGAUAAUCUCUCGAAUCCAACAAAAGAAUCCCAAAUUGUUGGUUGUUCUUCUAGACAUGUGUCGCACAAUUCCUCAACAACGCUUAAAUCCGCGUAUCACAGCCGAGUUACCGCAGCAAGUACCUAGAGAUUCGCGUUCAAAUUUAGUGAUGGCUUGGGCAACAGCAGAAAACAGCAAUGCAUUUGAGAUGGGCUACGAGCAAAAUGGAAUAUUUAUGACAUACUUGAAAAAAGAAAUGGAACAAAGAAAUAUAUUGGUAACUGAUAUGCUCGAGCGUCUCAAACGACAUUCCAAACUAGAGAUACCGAUUGAAGCCAGGGACCAAAUGCCUGUAAUUUUUUCAAGUUUAGCCGAACCGUUGUCGCUUGAUGAUCCGAUUGAUGACAGCCUUGUCGGGGGCAGCCUUUGGAAUGAUUGCCAGCUGCUGGCUAAAAGUUGGUUAGAGCUUCCACAAAAACAAAUUGCAACCGUUUACAUCAACUGCAACGUAGUCCUCAUCCACAUCCAUUUCGGCUUGAUGGACGAUUGCUUCAGCAACGGUCUGAAAAUUGAACUGGCAGUAGAAGGCUACGAAAUGAUCACCUUUCAACCGUUCAUUUAUCCAUCGACGCUUGAAAUACUGGAAGUGAAACACGAAAUGGAUCUAAGAAAGUGCACAAUUACGAUUCACAAGUUGCAAACGUUAAAGGAAGACGCCAGGAUUUACCUUCAGGUUGCUGAAUGUCCUAACGAACGGAUCGUUGUUCAUCUGGGGCAGCCCCUUAUUGCCAAAGCACGUCUUUCGACGAACAGUUUAUAAUUGUUCAUAGCCAUUCCUUAAACGUUUUUAAAUCCAAUAUAUAUUUCGUGGAAAGAUGCACAAGACGCUUCCAAGUCUUUACUGCCAAUCAUAACGAAGAUCGUGCCACGUUGUCGCGCCUUGGCAGUCAGUAAUUUGUGCGCGUUGGCGUAGAAUGAUGUUUUCUUUUCCGCCCGGUCGUUGGAUGAGGAAUGGGUGGCGGUGGCUGUGUUGUUUUUUUUUGCGUGAUAGUUCACCAUUAGUCAGUCCAACACCCAAUGUUGUUGUUGGACGCGUAGUGUCGUCUACGCCUCUGCAACCCACACAUUUCCCGGUAGAUUUCAUGGCGCGGAACAGGGGGCGUGCGUGUGCCACGGCUUUAUUUACACGAGCCAGGUCUAGUAAUUCGAGGAAGUCGCGGCUAUGACUUCAAACCCAUCGGCUAGGCUGUGAUUUGAUAGAAUCUCGUCAAAAAAGGAACCGCAACUGAUGCCGCCCUGCGCUUUUUUUUUCUCUCUCUUUCUUUUGUUAUCCUUUCUGUGCCGUCGGUAUCUAUAAGUUGUUAUUGCGUCGUAGCUGACUGCGCUUUAUGGCCGCUCCGUGUAGGGCGCACGAUAAUUACGCAUCAAAAAUUUUAUUUUUGAACUCUCGCCGAUCCGAUAAAAGCCAAUCGGUAAAGGCCCUCUUCGGGAAAUAACGUACGUUGCCAGCUCGUUUAAUUUCAAAAGACGACAGGAAAAGAAAAGUGUAUUUCAGAUUUGCGGUACGAAAAAAGAAGAAAGAGAGAUGGAAAUACUGCACGACGUCAUUCCCGAGAAUGAGAAAAAAAAAAGAAAUGGACGAAUCUAACAAUAAAAAAAUUUCUGGGUCUAUUUUCCAUAAAAUGUGAUGAUAACGUCUUCGUCAAUUUCGGUGCCUGGUUUCACAAGACCAUUUCAAAAAGAAUGCAGCUAAAAAAAACGUCUGGAAUUUUUCGAAACAAGAAACGGUGCAUAAAUUUUAGGAAAUUUUACAAAAGGUUUUUGCAGCCGAAGCUGAAACAUUAAAAAAAGAACAAGAAACAUGGCAAACUUGAACGAGGAGAGAAAAA